AUGAACCCAUCAACCCCAGGCCUGGGAACAGAGACAGGUGUAAAGGACUUUUUGGAAGCUCAGGAGAGUGGACACCAUUUGUAUCUCGGGGGGGAUGCUGUUCCAAUAGAGAAGCUAUGCUACAUUGGUCCCACUGGAUGCCAAUGUUUCAUAAAGGGACUCUGUGUGAAUGUAACAAGUGGGCAGAGACAAUUGGAGAUUGGCAGGCUGUCAGAUAACCAGGCCCUGUGCCAAGAAAGGCAUUACAGGAGAAUAAAAAAAAAGGACUGCAGAAUAGGAGAAAGUAUACUAGAAAAGGACAGAGAGAAUGCAAUUAAGAAGACAAAAGUUAUGGUAAAGACAAAGAAAGACAAAGAAAAGUUACGUUUGCAACCGCUGAUCCAUGAUGAACCAGUAACAGGAACUCCUGGCCAGAUGACUGGCAGUGAACAUGGCAAAGCAAAGUCUCAGGUGGAAGUGAAUUCUGAGCUGCUGUUUGGCAGUGAAGAUAGAGAUACAUUGGACUUAUUUUGCGAAGCUUGCAACGAAGUAUCUUUUAAUGUACCUCAUAAACUGGAGAUGGGGAUGUUUAUUGGCAGAGUAAAUGUGAAACACUGUCUUAACGAUACUGGAAUUAUUGGCAUAAGCAAUCCCAAUUUUAUAAUGCUGGAAGAUGGUUCAUUGUAUACCAAAAAUGCUAUUUCUUUGACUUCUCAUGAAAGCAUCAUCACUGUAUUUUUUAAAAGCAUUCAUGAAGAUGAGCAAAGGCGGAUAUAUGUUAGCUUGCUAACAUACCCCCAAAAGACCUCAAAAACGAAGAAAAGGCAUGUCCGAGCAACUGUUCUGGGACGAACAAAACGUAGAUGGGCUCCAGUCCCAACUACUAUAAUGGAAAAUUUACUAGGGCCUUUUCCUGUGCAAAUUCAACAGCUGUCUUCAGAUAUGGCACAAAAGUACAAUAUUAGAUAUUUCAUAACUGGUCCUGGGGUUGACAAACCACCACUGAAUUACUUUUACAUUGAGCAAGAAACUGGAAAUCUCUUUGUUACUUGUCCAAUAGAUCGGGAAGAAUACCCAGAAUUUCAGCUCAUUUGCUAUGCAAUGACACCGGAUGGAUAUACCCCAGAGGUCCCACUUGUACAUAACAUCAAAAUAGAGGAUGAUAAUGAUAAUGCUCCAGAGUUUGAGUAUAAUAUUUAUACUUUUCAUGUACUUGAAAACAGUAGAGUUGGGACAUUAGUUGGACAAGUGACUGCAACAGACGAAGACGAGCCCAAUACGCUGCAUAGCAAAGUGAAAUAUAGAAUUAUAUCCCAGAAUCAUCAGAAACUUCAGGAAUUUGUUAUAGACCCAGAUUCAGGCUGUAUUACCGUAGCAUUACAUCUGGACAGAGAGACUGUAUCAGCAUAUACACUACGGAUAGAAGCAAGAGACAUGGGAGGUGAGGAGUUUGGUUUGUGGACUUCAGCAGCAGUACAUAUUGAGAUUAGAGAUGUAAAUGAUAAUCUCCCUCAAAUAGCACAAACUAUGUAUGUAGUGGAGGUAUAUGAAAACACAGAACAUGCAGAAAUAUUAUGCAUUCCUGUAGAAGAUAAAGAUGAACCCAGAACAUCUUCAUGGAUGGGUACAUUCACUAUUACUAAAGGAAAUGAAGACAAUAGUUUUUCUUUUACAGUUGAUGGAGAGCAGAAUAUUGGGUGUUUAAGUGCUUUAAAGGGACUGGACUAUGAGAAAAGCCAUGAGAGAAGACUAGAAAUUGUUAUAAAUAAUGAAGCACCUUAUGUUCCACCUCCAAAUUCAAGAGCUCUUCCAACAAGUAUGGCCAGUGUUGUGGUCAGAAUUAAGGAUCAGGAUGAAGGACCUGUAUUUGAGUCUUGCGAAUAUAUUCUAUACAUAAAGGAACCCUUGUUGGUUGGCACAGUGGUUGGUAAUUACCAAGCAAAUGACCCAGAAACUGGAAAUAAUGGAAAUUUAAGUUACAGAAUAAUAAAUGACCCAUGCAGAUGGAUCGCCAUUGAUCAAAUGGGAAAUCUCAGAACUACUGACAUUUUAGAAAGAGAUUCACAAAAUAUAGAAUACGGUCAGUGCAAUGCAACAGUAUCUGCAACUGAUCAAAGCGGUAAAACAGGAACUGGGACAGUUGUGAUAACACUGAUAAUUGAGAACAAUUACCCAGUGAGUACUAGUAAACUCUAUGUCAUGUGUAAAGACAAAAAACCAAUCUGGAUAAAAGCCGCUGACAUUGAUCUGCCUUCCUCCGUUACACCAUUUCAUUUUGAAAUAGAGAAGCCAAUGGACUUAAAAUGGAAGUUAACCCCAAAUGAUGAUGCAUCAGCACUGCUUUCUUCAGUUGAAGAUAUAGACUAUGGCUACUAUUAUAUUCCUCUCAGAAUAUACAAUGGGGGUAACAGCAGAAAAAGUGAAAUAAUAGUUCGCUAUUGCGACUGUGCAAUGCCAAGUAACUGCUCUGAAUCUAGCACAAACACCUCACUGGGUUAUUCUUCUUCAAACAUUCAGGCAGAGCGUAGUCCAGCUGCAGCAUCUUUUUUAGGUGCCUGGAGUAUUCCUGCAAUGGUUAUGGGAUCAUUAGUAAUGCUGUUGGGCUUUGGUACACCCUAUGGUCUUUGGCUCCACAGAAAAUUUCGCAUGCCUCAGGAAGCAUCUGAUGAUUUAACUUUUCAGAAUUUAACAAAAUCAGACACUGAGGCACCAGCUGAAGACCAUACAAAUCUAAGUAUAUUUCCCUUGACAACAGUGAAGGAAUGUAUAAAGAUGAGCCCAGAUGAAGGAAAAACUGAAAAGCAAGAAGAUUUGGAAGCAGGAAAAGGAGGAGGGCAUUCCACAUCAGAAUUAGUCAAGGGAGGAAAAGUGUACCAUGUAGCACAAUCUUUACAAGACUGUAAGCAUUCUUUAAGGACUUCAAAAAGAGAGUUCUGUUCAGAAUGGCAGAAUUUCACUAACCCUCACUUAUCUGAAAGGGUAUUUCGUUGUGGAGAAGAUGAAGAACAUAACCUGGUAAAAGAGUAUUUACUUCCAUAUAAUUAUGAAGGAAAAGAUUCACCAACUGGUUCUUUAAGUUCCUGUACAGGGGAGUCAGAAGAAGAAGAACUGAGUUUCUUAAAUCACCCAGAACCUCCAUUUCGGACAUUAGCUGAAGCCUUUGUAAAGAAGUGAUUGCAUUUAAACUAUCCCUGAACACCA